AGGAGCUUGAGUAAAAUGGAGGCAAGUUCCGGAAAAAGCAAUAGUCACAAAACUACAUAGUAUUAAAUUUUGUUCUCCAAUGCCGUACCUAACGUUCCUGGUCUACAAUCUACUCUCAAAUGGCGCAUUAAAAGAUACGAAAACUCUUGAGAAAAAGCCAAAUAAAAACCCCAAAAAGUAAAAAGUAUAUCAGAAACCAAAACACUACACACAGUCACAGGGUCCUUCUUUUUCUUUACUUUUCUUGAUAAAGGCAGCACUACCCAUUUGUCUGCUGGAAAUGAUGAUGUGAAAGGGAAAAUGGAGAAAGCAGAGGAGGAGCUAGAGAGAAGGAGCAAGUUCUUGAACAGUUUGAUACUGAAAAAGAAGGCAAUAGUAGUUGAGGAGAAACAGGAGCAUGAGCAUUUGAAUGUGCGAGUGAGAGCCUCAGAUAUGCCUCUUUCUCUCCAAAAUCAUGCCUUUAGGUGUGCAAGAGAUAAUCUUGAUGCUACUAUGGCUUCGGGGUCGAAGCUCGACAGUAAACGCCUUGCUCUCCUUCUCAAAAAGGAAUUUGACUCAUCAUAUGGUCCAGCUUGGCAUUGUAUCGUGGGAACUAGCUUUGGUUCGUAUGUCACACAUUCCAUAGGAGGUUUCUUGUACUUCUCCAUCGAUAAGGUCUAUGUUCUUCUAUUCAGGACUGCUGUCGAACCUUUAGAUCAUUGACAGUACAGUGCUUGAAUUCUACUUUGUGAUUUCUGAAACGCCAAUUUAGAAGUUUCGCCUGGAAAUGCGCAUGUUAAAUGCAUUCUUUGUUAUUGUGUUUGGUGAGUGCCUUAUAAACGUGUGAAGAGUUAUAUGGACUAGCACAGGCGGUUAAAAAGAGUAUUUCCUAUUUCUAUGGAGUAAGAAGCAGCACCAGGACAAGGGUCAUAUUUCCAGAA